ACGAAAUAAAUUCACCGGAAAAUUCUCAUUCAUCUUCUCUCACCCUUUUUCCUUUAUCGUUAAGCUUCUGCAAUUUUCAAUUUUCCGUUUAGGGUUCCCUUCGUUUCCCCAAAUUCUGUUUCAAAUUCCGAUGAGAUGAACCAAAUAUCCGUCGACCGUGCCGGGAAGGAUUCAUCAUCCAAGUCUGUAAACGAAACGGUGAAUGGGUCUCACCAUUUUACCAUCAGGGGUUACUCUUUGGCCAAAGGAAUGGGACCGGGAAAGUACAUAUCUAGCGACAUUUUCACCGUUGGUGGGUAUGAUUGGGCAAUUUAUUUCUACCCAGAUGGUAAAAACAUAGAGGAUUCUUCAAUGUAUGUGUCUGUUUUUAUAGCAUUGGCUAGCGAAGGAACGGAUGUUAGGGCGUUGUUUGAGUUGACGAUGUUGGAUCAGAGUGGAAAAGUGAAACAUAAAGUUCAUAGCCAUUUUGAUCGGGCAUUGGAAAGUGGACCUUAUACUUUGAAAUAUAGAGGAAGCAUGUGGGGUUACAAACGAUUUUUUAGAAGAGCGAGUUUAGAAACUUCUGACUACCUGAAGGAUGAUUGCCUUUCCAUGCACUGUACUGUUGGAGUUGUCAGAACUCGUGUUGAAGGCCCCAAAAAUUAUAGUGUUACAAUUCCACCUUCAGACAUGGGUCAAAGUCUCAAAUACUUGCUGGAUGCUGAACUCGGUUGUGAUAUAGUUUUCCGGGUUGGAGAAGAGGCAUUUAAGGGUCAUAAGUUGAUACUUGCUGCUCGGUCUCCUGUAUUUAGAGCACAAUUCUUUGGCCUUAUUGGGAAUCCUAAAACGGACGAAGUGGAAAUUGAGGAUAUUGAACCCUCAGUCUUCAAGGCUAUGCUCCAGUACAUUUAUUCUGAUGAACUUCCAGAUUUAAUUGAAAUUACUGGCUCUACUUCAACUUGCACUUCUACGAUAGUGACGCAGCAUCUAUUGGCAGCAGCUGAUCGAUUUGGUGUAGAUAGGUUGAAAGAGUUAUGUGAGGCGAAAUUGUGUGAAGAAGUUAAUGUGGAUACUGUGGCAACAACUCUUUCUCUUGCUGAGCAGCAUCGGUGCCCACAACUCAAGGCCAUCUGUUUGAAAUUUGCAGCUACAAACUUGGGAGGUGCGUGUUCUCCAUAGAUGUGAGCGUGGUCAUGCAGAGAGAUGGAUUCAAGCACUUGGAAGAGAGUUGCCCCUUACUGUUGUCAGAGCUGCUGGAAACAGUGGCAUCCGUCGAUGAGAAGCCAAGUCUGACGUCUAGCAAGAAAAGGAAUAGCAGCAGCAGCAUCUUUGGACUGGAUCUGGCUGCAGAUGGCGCGGCAGCAGAUUCUGUUAACCUUAUCGCUAGGCGGGUGAGGAGGAGGAUGUAACCUUUGUGUAAUAGUAUAGCCUUUGAAGUGUAAUGAGAGUUAGGUUGAGAAUAUGUUAAUGGAGAACUCAAGUAAUGAAUAGUUUUUCUUCUUCUUAUUGGAUUUGAGAACAGUUUUAGUGAUCUGAAUGAUAACUUGUGGUGUUAGCCUCAUAUGUUAUAUCAGACAGCAUAAGGUAGGAGGAUAGGUAGGGAAGUGAAAUUUACUAGUUGUACUUUUCACUACUUUCAGAUUUAUGUGAGAUGCAAUAUAUGAAUGAAUAUGUAAAAAGUUCUCCCCGAUUAGUUAUGCUGAUAUUAUUUUUUAUCG